GAUUUAUGCUCCAAAAAAGCAAAAAAAUGAUAUAGAUUUAAACACAAACGGUGCCGUUCUUUACUAAACCCUAAAGAAAGUCCUGAACCCUCCUUCCUCCCUCAGUGAUAGGGAGAAUUGGAGAUUUCUGCUUUCUCAUAGGUUUGAAACUUAGCACAAUCACAAAAUGCAGUCCAUUGAAGCGCCCCUCUCCAUGGAUGUUGAAGUAGUUCCUUUCGAACCAAAACCUGAAUCUGGAUCCUUGCCGGCAAAGCCACUAUUUGAACCUUUGAAGGCUCAUGAAAUGUCUGAUGGUCGAGUUCAGUUUCGGAAGGUCAAUGUUCCACCACAUCGGUAUUCACCUCUCAAGAAAUCAUGGAUGGAAAUAUACACUCCAAUAUAUGAGCAGAUGAAGAUCGACAUCCGAAUGAAUCUCAAGGUUCGUAGGGUUGAAUUAAAGACCAGACCCAACACACCUGAUGUUAGUAACCUACAGAAGUGUGCAGAUUUUGUCCAUGCAUUCAUGCUAGGUUUCGAUGUAAUAGAUGCCAUUGCACUUUUACGUUUGGAUGAGCUCUAUGUGGAAUCGUUUGAGAUCAAGGAUGUUAAAACACUCAGAGGAGAGCACUUGUCUCGUGCCAUAGGAAGACUGUCUGGUAAAGGUGGUAAAACAAAAUUUGCAAUUGAAAAUGCAACAAAGACAAGGAUUGUGAUUGCCGACACCAAGAUUCACAUAUUAGGGUCAUAUAGGAACAUUAGAGUUGCAAGGGAUUCUCUCUGCAGCCUUAUUUUGGGAUCUCCUGCCGGAAAAGUAUAUUCGAAACUAAGAACAGUAUCUGCUAGAUUAGCAGAAGGUUUUUGAGGGAGUUUUGUUUUUUGUAGUUUUGAUACCAUGGAAAUCUGUCCCCGGAUGAAAUAUGGAAUUUUGAUAGUUCAUUGCAAGUGUUGAGUAUGAUAUACAAUCAGGUAUCAACAUUCUGUUACGAGGCUUUGCAUUGCCGGCAACCAUUAUAGGUUUUACAUUAUUAAUUGAUGUGUUCCUUUUU